AUGUUGUCCUCGAGCCUGUUCGCCGCCAUCGUGGUGUCACUGGGGACUGGCCAGGUCGUCAGUCAGAGCUGCCCCAGUUACUCGAGCUAUUCGCAGUCGCGACACGAGCCCUACUCGACAGGCGCCUACGCCCUUGCAUACCAACGCCCGGCGCCGGGCUGUCGCACCUUCAACUCGACGGGUGUCGAAGACGCCAUCCUGCGCAUCAAGAACCAGACCCACGACCCCGACCUGUCCCGCCUGUUCGAGAACACCUUUCCGAAUACCCUCGAUACGGCCAUCAAAUGGCGCGGCGUCGCGGCCAACAACUCGGAGGAGGAGCUGGCCUUUAUCAUCACGGGCGACAUCGACGCCAUGUGGAUUCGCGACUCGGCGAACCAGGUCGCGCCAUACAGGAGCAUUUUGAAGAGCAAGACGGACGACAUCGCGUCGGUGUUCCGCGGUACCAUCAACCUACAGGCGCGCUACCUGAUCCUCUCGCCAUACUGCAAUAGCUUCCUGCCGCCGCCCGAGUCAGGUCUGAAGCCAGGUCCCAACGGGGCGACCUACUCCGUCAAGCCGUCCUACGACCACAACGUGGUGUUCACGUGCAACUUCGAGCUCGACGACUUUGGCGGGUUCCUGCAGCUGUCGCACGACUACUACACGCAGACGGGCGACGUCGACUUCUUCGGCCGCUUCCAGUGGCUGCAGGCCGUGCAGUCCAUCGUGGCGGCCGCGGACGCGAUGCGCGCGCCGACGUACGGGCCCGACGGCGCCUGGAUCCCGCCCGUCUACUCGUUCCAGUCGCAGACCAUGACGUCGAUGGGGACGCUGGGAAACAACGGAAUGAACUACCCUGUCAACUUCACGGGCAUGGUGCGCUCGCCCUUCCGGCCCAGCGACGACGCCGCCAUCUACGACUUUCAGAUCCCGGCCAACAUGCUGCUGGCGCGGUACCUGGACGCGACCUCGGCCAUCGUCGAGCGCCUGCCCAACGCCCCCAAGGGGCUCGCGGCGCAGAUGCGCGACAUGGCCGGCGAGAUCCGCGCGGGCAUCGAGCACUGGGGCGUCGUGACGACGCCUGGCGGUCAGAAGAUCUACGCGUACGAGGUCGACGGGUUCGGCGGGCAGAACCUGAUGGAUGACGCGAACAUCCCGUCGCUGCUGUCGGCGCCGCGGCUCGGGUACCUGGACGCGAACGACACGGUGUACCAGAACACGCGCGGGUGGGUUCUGAGUAGGAAUAAUCCGUGGUGGUGCGCCGGCCCCGUGAUCAAUGCCGUGGGAAGCCCGCAUAUCAAGCCCGGGGCCGCGUGGCCGAUGGCGGCCAUCAUGCGCGCCAUGACGAGCGACGACGAUUUGGAGAUCAUCAACGCGAUCAAGGAGGUGGUGCAGUCGACGGACGGGUUUGGGCUGAUACACGAGAGUGUGAAUAGCUUCGAUGCCGGGCAGUGGACUCGGUCUUGGUUUGGCUGGGGAAACGCUGUCUUUGGCCAGAUGAUCAUGGAGUUCGCGGAGAGGAAACCGCAUAUUUUGCAGGAGAGCUUUCAGCCUUUCUUCAUUGCUAAAUAUUGA